CAGCCAAAUCAAUUAUCAAUCAGAAUUGUUAUAAAGUUUCUAUUCCUGCUUAUAUUCCUUCUGAAGUCCCACAACAUAGAAAGAACAACCAUUUGCUUGCAAUCCAUUUUCUUUACAUCAUUGGAUCAAUGGCUAUAAGUUACUCAUUUACAGCUCCAAUUCCAAUCAGACGGCCUGCAGCCAAUAGACUACUGGUGAUGAGGGCUCAUAAUCAAAUCUCAAUUAAUGGCAACCCUCUUCAGAUCAGAUCUCUUCCCAAGAAUAAGGUUUUUGAAGAUCUGUCAGCAGGUAUUGUUUGUUAUAGAGAUGAAAACGGAGAUAUACCAUGUGAAGGAUUUGAUGAGGGACCUCGUUUUCAGCAGCAAUUAUCAAGGUUUACUUGUAAUUCAAGAGACAUUGAGAUUAUUGAGCUUCUUCAGAGGUGUUGGGAUGGGAUCGAGUAGGUGCUGAACAAGACAAACAAACGUGUUUUACAAAUAAUAUUAAAUAAAGUAAUUAAGUUAAUAACUAUACGUAUGUAGGUGUGAUUGUAUCUGUCUUACUCUUGCACUGAUAUGUAUAUAACAAGAUUUUUAUUUUUAAAAUCAUUCACUUUCAAAGUUCAAACAGCAACACUUCAGAUUGUAUCUGCUUGAACUUUGAGAGAAACAAUUCUAUAACCUAAUGCUUCUAGAGAACGUGUGAUUGAAAAG